ACUUUCGUAUUCGUAGAAUAGCAUUUUUAAUUUUAUUUAUAUUUUACUUUAGAUUUAAUUACUGUCGAUGAAUGUAUUUCUAUCUGAAAACUUUGUAAUUUAAGUUCAAAAUAGGUAUAGAGUGCAUAUUGUAUAUUUACGCUUUUUUUUAACUACGAAAAUAUACUUACUGUAAGAGGUGAUAGAUAACAUUACCACUUGCAAAGUUAAUUCUGUAUAAUUUAAAAGUAAUAUUCCAAAGGUUAUAAUGCCGGUGGAAAUCCCGACUUUUAAACUCAACAAUGGAGCGGAGUUACCUGUAAUUGGGCUGGGUACUUAUGCACGCAAAGCCGAUCCCGGCCAGUUUAGAAAGGCAGUGGAAGAUGGUAUAGAUGCUGGUUACCGGCACAUUGACACUGCAGCAUGCUAUAAAAAUGAGGAGGUAGUUGGGGAAGCCAUCAAUAAUAAGAUCAAACAGGGAGUUGUUAGACGAGAGGACCUGUUUGUAACUACCAAACUGUGGAAUGAUCGUCAUGGAGAGAAGGAUGUGAUACCUUCAUUGAAAGAAUCUCUUGCGAGGUUGAACCUGGAAUAUGUAGACCUAUACCUUAUUCAUUGGCCUAUGUCUGUUGAUAGCGACGGUAAAGACAUGAAGUUAGACUUUGUAGAAACCUGGCGGGCGAUGGAGAAGGCAGUAGACGCCGGUCUGACCAGGUCCAUCGGCGUGUCCAACUUCAAUGAGGAGCAGCUCACCAGGCUGCUGCAGCAGGCUAAGGUCAAACCUGUCGUCAACCAGGUUGAGAUAAAUCCGACACUGACACAGCACAAGCUGGUAGACUUCUGCAAGCAGCAGGGCAUCCAGCCGGUGGCGUACACUCCAUUCGGGCUGAUAUCGGACGCGCGGCCCGAGUUCGCCGGCAAGGACGUCAUCAAGACCGACCCCAAGCUGGGAGCGCUGGCCGACAAGUACGGGAAGACCAGGGCGCAGAUCGCGCUUAAAUACCUGAUCCAACGCGGUAUAGUGGUGAUCCCGAAGACGUUUACUCCAUCGCGGAUGGUGGAGAACGCCGACCUGUUCCACUUUCAGCUGAGCGAUGAGGAAAUGGCUGUUGUGGAGAGUUACAACAUCGACCACCGCUGCGUGCCCGGACUGCCAUUUAAAAACAUGAUGAAUUAUCCGUUUACUGAACUUUUGUGAGGGAAAAAUUGAUAUUGCUAAUAUAGGCAGUAGCUUGUGGUUGAUUAAGUACACUAAGAGUGGUAUUAAACUAAUCUCAGCUUCGAGACUACUCUCAAGAUCAUGUCAAUGUCUCAUACAAAAACUGGGAUUUUAUUUAUAUUUUUUCUAAUUCUUAGGGUGGGCAGUAGCUUGGUUGAUAAAGUACACUUAAUUAAAACUAAUUUCAGCUUCGAGAAUUGAACAAGAUUAUGUCAAUGUGACAGUUCUUAUACAGGGACUUAAGCAUGAUCUUGAGGGCAGUCUCAGCUGAAAUUAGUUUACUAAUACCACCCUAAGAAUUAGAAAAAAUAUAAAUAUGUCUUCUUAAAAUAGGGGAGUGGGCUGUCUUUUUUUCUUUUCAUCAACCAAACUGCAAGCAUCGACUACUCAAGUGAACAUUUCGAAAUUCGUUGAAAAAUUAAAUAGUCGCAGCCAUCCAAAAAAAAGUUAAGAAUUUAAAAAGAAAUGGCAACAGGAACGCGCGACGUUACACGCUCCUAGUACCAUGCAAGUUUCAAUUACCUACAUACAAAAAAUGCUGUUUUGCUAGAACGGGACAGAGUAUUCCCCCAUUAACUAAAAUUACGUAAGAUAAAAUAAUAAUCCAAAUUUUUUAUAACUAUUUUUUUUAUUACUUAUAUCAAAUAAACGUACAAAAUGUGAUGAUGGUUGUAAUAUUGCUUGUUAUAAUAAAGUUUUAUAUUAAUGUUA